UACACCUCGUCUUAUCUACCGGAGUAAACUAGUCGAUAUUAUUAUCUAACAUGUGCUAGUCCUUAUACUCAAUAAUAAAUCAAUUAUUUUUUAAUUAAAAAUGAGAACGUUAGCUUUAUUUCUCUGUAUUUUUGCCAUAAAACAGUGCGUUUGUGAAGAGACUAUAGAAGUUGGUUUAAAACAAGGUGUUGUUAUUGGAAAAGUUGAGAAAACGAUACUUAAAAAGCAGGAUUUUUAUACUUUUAAAGGUAUACCUUUUGCCGAAACACCCGUUGGGGAAUUAAGAUUCCAGCCCCCAAAACCUCACGAUGGUUGGAGCGGUAACUUGGAAGCCUUUGAGAACAAACCAACAUGCAUGCAGUUCAGUUCCAGGAUGAGGAACAAGGAGCCUUUCGGAAUAUCAGGGUCUGAAGACUGUCUCUACGUCAGCGUCUUCACACCAGACGUGAAAGGGAACGCUCCAGUCAUCGUAUUCGACUACAAUGAUCAAUUCAGAACAUGGUUCAAUGGCACUGACACAUACUCUCCUGACUUCCUCGUAGAAGAAGGAGUCGUUGUAGUCACCAUCAGCCAUCGUCUAGCCAUUCUCGGUUACCUAACUACUGAAGAUGGUGUCAUUAAAGGCAAUAAUGGCUUGAGAGAUUUCAUCCUUGGUCUUGAAUGGAUUAAACAUAACAUAGAAAAAUUUGGCGGUGAUCCGUCCAAAGUUACGAUCGUUGGAAGUCGAGGUGGUGCUGCGCUAGCAGAAAUCCUACUUUAUACAGAAAAAGCUAAAGGUCUUUUCUCCGGUGCCAUCCUUCAAAGCGGAACAGCAUUAGAAGCUAUGUACUUCUACAAAGAACCUAAGAAGAAAGCAUUCGAUCUUGGAGCAGCGUUGAAUAUUACUGCAGCAAACAGCAAAGAAUUGUUGGAAGAACUUCAAAAGUUAGACGCUGAAACAAUCCUUCAGGCUGAAGUUAAAACCAUAGAUGUUACGUAUAUAGACAAGUAUCAAAUUAGUAACUUCCCUUACGCACCUACCAUUGAAUAUGGUAUUGAAGAUGCAGUUCUUAGUGAAUUGCCUGAGAAGAGUAAAAUAGUUAAUGAUGUGCCCGUUAUAAUUGGUUUCAAUUCCCGCGAAGGACUUGACAUGGUCUCCAAUUUGAUAAUUGAACCAAAACUUUUAACUGAUAACGCUGAGAAACACAUUCUUAAACUGCCAAUCAGGACAAACUUCCGAUUUGUACAGAACAGCAAGCCUUACAAAGAAGCUGGAAGGGAUAUAGUUAAUUUUUAUUUGGAAGACAAAUCGCUGCAUUAUGCUAAUAUCUUGGAGUAUGCCGUGUUUGUGGCUGAUUGUCUACAGAACUAUCCGAUAGACUUAACUGCUCAUAAGUUAGCUGAAAGUCUUUCUUCUCCAGUUUAUUACUACUUGUUUGACUUCCGAGGUCAGUGGAAUGAAAAUAGCCAGAAUAUAAUGGCUCUGGCUAGGACCACGAUGGGCCACCACGGUGCUACUGUGGGAGAUGAGUUGUGUUACCUGUUUGUUUGCUCCCGUAUCAAGAAGAGCUAUGACCAGAUGCUGAAUCUGCCCAGUGAACAAAACGAACUGAAGGUUACCAAGAGAAUGGUCCGUUUGUGGAGCAAUUUCGCGAGAACAGGGAACCCUACACCAUCGAAGGACGACGAUGUCUUGAAGGGACUCACUUGGAAACCCAUGGGUAAGGACUCAGAGACCAACUACCUUCACAUCACGAAGCUAUUCCGCAUGAAGACCAACCCCUUGGGGGAGAGAAAGAAGUUCUGGGAAGACUUCUUGGAAAAGUACUCACAAAUGGCAGUAGAUGGCGUCAUAGGCUCAGAAGAGACUGUGGAAGUCGAAGAACCUGAAGAAGCCGCAAAACCUGAAGAAGCCGAAGAACCUGUAGAAUCUGUAGAAUCUGCAUUUCCUGGAGAACCUGCAGUACCCAUAAACAUUGUCGACAAUCACGAGGAACUGUAAUAAAUAUUAAGUUGAAAAACUGGGAAAUAAAUGUGUUUCUUUUUUA